AUGAAUCCCCACGCCAAUGAUACAGAGGCGCAGUGGGUGGAAUCGGCAGUCGAAGAGGGCGAAUCGCCACUCGAGGAAGGCCGCAAGAGGAGGAGCGCGAGUAACUCGACGUCUAGCGGGUCGAGCUGGAACACGACCGACUACCUGGGCGCGGCCAAAGACGACCAUGACGGGCACCGGCCAUCGCGCCUCGAGCUGGCUCAGUCCAUCUCGAGAAGUCGCUCACGCAGGGAGAGCAUGCACCGCGCAAGAUCAGAGGCGCAAGGCGCGGGACUGACGACAGGCAUGUCGAAUCCGGUCACGAGGACGAUGUCGCGGCGCGACACAGUUUUGAGUCGCAUCCGCACCAGACCUGCUGUUGCACCGUUUGAUCACCCGUUGGCACACCAACCGACCACGGCGGAUGUGCUGGUUGAUUUUGACGGGAAAGACGACCCGUAUAGACCUAUGAACUGGCCGACCAAGAAGAAGAUUAUUACCACGGGUCUCUACGGGCUGUGCACCAUGUCUGCUUCGUGGGCUUCUUCGUCGUAUUCUGCUGGCACGUCGCAAGUAGCUCGGCAGUUUCACAUUGACGAGGAGGUGGCAACGCUGGGUACAAGUUUGUUUCUGUUUGGCUUUGGAUUGGGGCCGCUGCUAUGGGCGCCGUUGAGUGAGGUGUACGGAAGACGUAUGGCCGUGCUGGCACCUAUGUUUGUGGGCGCGUGCUUUAGCUUUGGGAGCGCGGUGGCCAAGGACGUGCAGACGCUUAUGAUCACGCGAUUCUUUGGAGCGUUCUUCUCCAGUGCCCCGGUGACGAACACGGGCGGCGUGCUUGGUGACCUGUACGAUCCGAGUUGGAGGGGCAUAGCCAUGGCUGGGUAUGCAAUAGCGGUUGUCGGUGGGCCUUGUCUAGGACCCAUCGUCUCCACCGCCUUCGUGAUCGACCCCUCCCUCGGCUGGCGCUGGACCGAAUACUUCACCGGCAUCCUACAAAUGUCCGUCCUCUUCCUCGGCACCAUCUUCAUUGACGAGUCCUACCCGCCCGUCCUCCUCGUCGCCAAAGCACGGCAGCUCCGCCACGAAUCCGGAAAUUGGGCCCUCCAUGCCAAGUUCGAGGAAUGGGACGUUUCCAUCGUCGAGCUCGCGCGGAAGUUCCUCUUUCGGCCAGUCCAACUCCUCACGUCCCCAAUCUGCUUCCUCGUCGCAUUGUAUGCGAGUUUUUGCUACGGCAUCUUGUACAUGCAACUCGGCGGCAUCCCUAUCAUUUUUGCGGAGAAUAGAGGGUGGACGCCGCUAACCGCGAGUCUGCCCUUCCUCUGCGUCCUCAUAGGCGCGUUGCUAGGUUGCGCGGCAAACGUCUACAACCAGACCCUCUACAACAAAGCCUACCACGCGAACCUCAACCGCGCCGUCCCAGAAAAACGGCUCCCGCCAAUGAUGCUGGGCUCGCUCCUCUUCUCCGGCGGCCAGUUUCUCAUGGGUUGGACCGCAGACCCGUCUAUCCACUGGAUCUGCCCGUGCAUCGGGCUCAUCCUUCUCGGUACGGGCUUCUUCACCAUUUUCCAGGCUGCGUUGAACUAUCUCGUCGAUACUUUCACGCUGUAUGCCGCGAGCGCGGUGGCGGCGAACACGUUCCUGAGAAGCUGCUUUGCGGGAGGGUUUCCGCUGGCGGUCGGGCCAUUGUAUCAUAAUAUCGGGGUUGGGCCAGGGAGUAGUAUUACGGGUGGUUUCGCGGCGUUGCUGGUGCCAGUGCCGUUUGUGUUCUAUUUCUACGGGAGGGAGAUACGGAGAGGGAAUAAGUGGUCGAGGGGGAGUGUGUAUGAUUAG